AUGGCAGAGCAACUUUCUCCCGGAAAGACCACAGACCAGGUGUGCACCUUCCUCUUUAAAAAGCCCGCUGGACGAAAAGGGGCUGCAGGCCGCAGAAAGCGCCGGGGCUGCGACCAGGAGCCGGGAGGCAGCGGCAGCGGCAGCGGCAGCGGCAGCGACGAAGGCAGCACGGUGGUUCGCCCCGAAAAGCAGCGGGCGAUGGGCGAUCCCAUGAUACAGACGACUCGGGGCCGCGGGGCACGGAAGGCCGCUUGCGGCCGCUUGAGCGGCGAGGAGGAGCGGGGGGAGGAGCCCGAGGCCCAGGGUGUGGGCGUGGCGUACAAGUCCGCCCGCUCGGCCACCCCCGCGGGACCAGGGGACAUGGGGGCGACUGCUGUCUACGAGCUGGACACCGAGAAGGAGCGCGACGCGCAAGCCCUCUUUGAGCGCAGCCAGAAGAUCCAGGAGGAGCUGAGGGGCAAGGAAGAUGACAAGAUCUAUCGGGGAAUCAAUAAUUAUCAGAAAUACCUGAAGCCCAAGGAUACGUCUCUGGGCAGUGCAUCCUCCGGGAUGGGGAGGAAGGGCCCCAUCCGGGCGCCCGAGCAUCUGUGUGCCACCGUGCGCUGGGAUUACCAGCCCGACACCUGUAAGGACUUCAAGGAGACUGGCUUCUGCGGCUUCGGAGACAGUUGCAAGUUCCUCCAUGACCGUUCAGAUCACAAGCACGGGUGGCAGAUUGAACGUGAGCUUGAGGAGGGUCGCUACGGUGUCUAUGGGGACGAAAACUAUGAAGUGGGAAGCGAUGAUGGGGAAAUACCAUUCAGGUGUUUCAUCUGUCGCCAGACCUUCCAGAAUCCGGUUGUCACCAGGUGCAGGCAUUAUUUCUGCGAGAGCUGUGCACUGCGGCAUUUCCGCACCACCCCUCGCUGCUAUGUCUGUGACCAGCAGACCAACGGCGUCUUCAAUCCAGCCAAGGAAUUGAUUGCAAAAUUGGAGAAGCAUCGAGAGGCAGAAGAGGGUGAUGCUUCUGAUUUCCCAGAAGACCUCGAUGAGGGUCCCAUCCCCAUCACUUAA